AUGUCGCCUCACUCGGACGAACCGACGGCAAGGUUCUACUCCAUCUGGCACGACGAACCCAUCGUGAGGAAGAGGCCGAACUUCAGGAAGAUUGUCGGCUGGAACUCGAGUCCGAAAUGGCCGCCUGUCGGGAGGGCCUGCCCGGCAUAUCCAGACUGCGUUUUCACCAGGAACAAAAAUCAGGUGGCAAACGCGGACGCAGUCAUGUUUCGCGGCAACCGCGAUUUCCCCUUCGUCUACAACCGGUCGCAGUUCCCGUCAGUACGACACAGGCACCAGUACUGGAUCUGGCACCCGUACGAGAGCCCCCACCUGACCAGAGGCAUCGACCAUGCUUCUUACAGCGGCGUCUUCAACUGGACUUUCACGUACAGGAAUGACUCGGACAUCCUGGCCGCGUGGGGUCAUAUCACCCACAUUUAUCGCGAACUGGCCCAAAACCCGCCCGAUCCGAACAGGGAUUACUCCGCGGGCAAAACUAAGCUUGUGCUAUGGUACGUCAGUAACUGUUACAGCCACCUGGCUCGCUUUUCCUACGCGGCUGAGUUGAGGAAGCACGUCGAAGUGGACAUUUUUGGUGGGUGUGCGGAGCGACUUGGCGCCGGGAACAGGAGCUACUGCGGGAGGGAUGCCGUAGUGUGCUUCAAAAAACACGCUCGCCCGUACAAGUUCUACCUGGCGUUUGAAAACUACAAGUGCGCCGAGUACAUCACGGAAAAAUUCUGGGACAAUUCCCUGAGAAACGACAUGGUCCCGGUCGUGUUGGGUGCGCCGAAAAGCGACUACGAAAGGUUUGCUCCCCCGAACUCCUACAUCCACGUGGACGACUUCGGCUCCCCUGAAGAGUUGGCAAACUACCUGAAAUAUCUCGACCAGAACGACGACGAGUAUAACAAGUAUUUCGCCUGGAAAACUCGUCCUCCUAAGAACCUUCCGCCAUCUUGGGAGGAGAGGUAUUGUGAGGUGUGUAAGAAACUUCUCCAAGCGUCUCCGACAGAGAGAAAGGUGUACACAGAUCUGGAUAGGUGGUGGAGAGGCGAGAAGUACGAGCUCUGUGAACCGAUGGUGUACGAAGGACCGAAUCCGAACGACCAAGUAGCAACGUAAUGAUUAUCAGUCUCCCAGUGACAUUAUAUGCUUCACUGUAUUGAACAAUUUCACACUUCCCAUAAUGCCUAGUAACGGUCGCACGGUCGCAUGCAUUGCCGAGUAGGAGAGUCUUCGGUAGAAGGUGGAAC